AUGUCCGGCGCUGCUGAUCGCGAGGCAGUCUUCCCGACUCGCCAGUCGCUGGGUAUCAUGAAAGCAAAGCUCAAGGGCGCCGAGACGGGACACAGUCUGUUGAAGAGGAAGAGCGAAGCUCUGACAAAGCGCUUCAGAGAGAUAACGAGACGAAUCGAUGAAGCGAAACGUAAAAUGGGACGUGUGAUGCAAAUUGCGGCUUUUUCCUUGGCUGAAGUCACGUACGCAGUUGGAGGUGACAUUGGAUAUCAAGUUCAAGAAUCGGCUAAAUCUGCCCGUUUUCGCAUCCGGACCAAGCAAGACAACGUAUCUGGCGUUCUUCUUCCUGCAUUCGAAAGCUAUAUUACCGAAGGAAACAAUGACUUUGGUCUCACAGGUCUGGGCAAAGGUGGCCAACAGGUUCAACGGUGCCGUGAGACUUACGCCCGAGCGGUUGAAGCUCUGGUUGAGCUUGCCAGUCUUCAAACUGCGUUUGUCAUCCUGGACGAAGUCAUUAAAGUGGUAAAUAGGCGAGUGAACGCAAUUGAACACGUCAUCAUUCCUCGUACAGAAAACACUAUCAAAUACAUAAAUUCUGAACUUGACGAGCUUGAUCGAGAAGAAUUCUACAGAUUGAAAAAGGUUGCGAACAAAAAGCAGCGUGACACAGCUGCGGCAGAUGCUGAAAUGAAAGCAAGGCGUGAAGCAUCUGCCGUUCAAGGACUAAACAAUAUAGUGGACAACGACAACACUGGUCCAGCUGAUAUCCUCGCUGGUGAGGAUGAAGAGGACGUAAUAUUUUGA